AUGGACCCGCUCAAGGGCGCCCCCCUGGCCGUGGAGGAGGUCCAAAUGGUGGUUGGGCACGCCAUGACCGGGGCUCUGACCCUGGCGAUGGUGUACUGCGGUGACAAACUGGGGUUGUACGCGGCUCUGAAGGAGGCCGGCACCCCGCUGACCAGCGCUGAGCUGGCGGGCAAGCUCCGCCUCUCGGAGCGCUGGGUGCGCGAGUGGCUGCUGCAGCAGGCGUCCGUCCGCCUGGUGGAGUGCGACAAGGCGGCGGGGCGCUUCUGGCUCACGCGUGCCCAGCAGGAUGUUAUGGCGAAUGAGGAAGGCCCCGAUGCCAGCCCCUACUUUUUUGCGGGCUUUGGCGGCGGCGUGCUGGCCCUGACAGACCACCGUGACGCCCUUUUGGAGUGCUUCAAGACCGGGGUCGGGAUGACGUACGACCAGCACGGCAAGUCGUGCGCCUCGGGGGUCAAGAGGGAGCUGGGCGUGUGGACGAGGCACUUCCUGGUGUCCAAGGUGUCCAGCCUGCCGGGCCUGAGGGAGCGCCUCGAGGCCGGCGCCCAGGUCGCCGACGUCGGCUGCGGGUGA